CUGCGAUGGAUGCUGACGCUGAUGAGUGAUGAAUGAUGAGACUGAGACUUGCUUGGCACGCAAGUCAAACCUCUUAUUGUUCAUUUGUGUUUUGUGCAUGCGAGGCUAUCUACAUUGGGUUUGGCCAGGAUUGCGUCAAAUUCACAUAUAAGAGUUGGCCUCCAGCACCGCCCAUCUAAGUAUAUCUUUCUUCACUCCUCAGCUCAUCUUACUCUUAGCACAAUCGCAGCGUCGUGAUGAGUCUGGAGUUUGCUUGGGCCAUCCCUGACACUUAUAUUGGUGCCGACGAUGGACCCAGUUUCAUAGUCGAUGAAGUCACAUACGAUGGCUCGAAUGGAGUCGUCAAGGUGGAAGGAUCCGAUGUAAAAGCUGACAUACCGGUCAAGGAUAUCAUCGCCGUAGUACCACUCACUGCAGAUGACAAGAGCUUUCCGGGUGGUUAUGCCCUGACAUAUGUCGGCAGCAAUGAUGUUUACACCCCAGACAUGGAAGAUACCACACGAGGCUAUCACUAUCUUAAAGUCUUGACGCUUCCAGAGGAGCUAAAUAACCUCAUCGUACCUUCUGCUAGAGAUAAGGCCGUUCACCACGUACAUAUCAUCAUCUCGACGCUCUCCGGGACUUGUCAAGCCGAAUCAUUCUACGAGAACUCUGUCCAGAAAUUCCUUGCCAGUGUUGGAUAUCGCGCAGGCAGUAGCUACACGAUACACACGACCACAUCGGCGAAGUCUGUUCAAGAACUCACUGAGACCGACAUCCUUCACUCGGCAAACAAGGGUCAAGCCCAGCGUAUAAUCCUCAUGUCCGGAGAUGGUGGGAUUGUCGAUAUUGUGAAUGCACUGUCACUGCAGCCGCAUAGUGAUUGCUACAUACCACCAGCCAUGUCAAUCCUUCCGAUGGGCACCGGAAAUGCGCUCGCGCACUCGAUUGGGAUAACAGAUGACCGCACCUCAGGCCUAUCCAGUCUUGCGCGCGGCUCAUCAAAGCCGCUGCCCAUUUUUAGAGCGACUUUCUCGCCAGGAGCUCGUCUUCUGCUAGACGAAGCCACACGAGAAGAAGAAUUGCCUGUGGUCGAUAAGGUGCCCACAGUCUACGGUGCUGUUGUCUGCUCUUGGGGUAUGCAUGCCGGGCUUGUUGCUGACAGCGAUACUAAGGAGUAUCGUAAAUUUGGUAUCGACAGGUUCAAGAUGGCUGCAAAGGAGGCCCUGUAUCCGUCAGAUGGUUCUCCACCACAUGCGUACAAAGCAAAGAUUUCGGUAUUACCCGCUGGGACCAGUAGCUGGCAGGCUGUGCCCAGGGAAGAGCAUAUGUAUGUGCUUGCAACUAUGGUUUCAAAUCUGGAGAAGACUUUCACAGUAUCCCCUGCCUCAUCACCCUUAAGUGGCAGCUUGAGGCUUGUACAUUUCGGGCCGACGACUGCAGAUGAAGCUAUGCGCGUUAUGGGCCUGGCAUAUCAGGGCGGGAAGCAUGUGGAUGAACCUCUCGUCAAUUAUGAGGACAUUGAUGGCAUGCGUAUUGAGAUCGAGGGCAGGGAAGAUGAAGCUCGAUGGAGACGAAUCUGUCUCGACGGCAAGAUAAUACGGCUGGAGAAAGAUGGAUGGGUGGAGAUUCGGAAAGAGAAUCGAACAGUGGUUGAUGUUGUGUCUAUGUGAUAGAACACAUCAGUACUAGCUUCUUCACCCACUAUCGAGAGAGAUGCUAAUACACCCAACUUAUUACUUGCAGUAUGAGUGGCGCUAGUACAUGCGACCACGACAGCUCGUACGCAUACACAUUUGAAGUCCAGUGACUGGCCGUGGUGUUGUAACUCAAAGUCUGAAGUAGUGCGUCAUACCAAGACGCCGUGUUUACUACCUUCUUAUUGGAGUCACAGGAUGCCGCACAUAUAUAUACAGUGCAGGUCUUGGCCCAGGGUACAUAAACAGCUUGGACGCCAUGUUAUGCUGCAGCCGUCCUGAGAAAUCAAUUCAUCGGCGCUGACAUUUUGGACCGA